AGACGCCAUUUUUCUGAUUUCCUAUUAAUUUUGGAAAACCGACCAUCAAGCGCAUUUUUCCAUUUUCUCUGUCUCCAGCUUAUUUAUUAAUCACCAAAAGACUGACCUAAAAAAGUGUAACCUUUCAAACAACAGGCCUUGAAGGUAAAACCAAAUUAUUUCCUAAUCAAACAACAACAUAAUGGAAACGGCGGCGGCGGCGGCGGCAGAACAACCAUCCGAAUCCGAAGUGUAUAUCGAAGCCCCACAAGUGAACUACGCCCCGUACAAUUUCGACAAGACAGCCUUGGAAUUGGCCAGAGCCCAAUGGGCAAACUACGCCGACCAGCACUAUUUGAAAAACUGCAAAUGGUCCCCCGAUGGAACUUGCCUGCUCACCGUGAUAAGGGGCGGCGGGAUGAACGUUUUCGAACUGCCCAGCGAAUUGUACACUUGCGAUACCCUGCUCCAAACUCGUACCAUAGACGCCCUGACCCCUGCAGUAUCGGUACAGGAAACCGGGCUUAUUUACGAUUAUGAUUGGUAUCCUGGGAUGAACAGCGCUAAUGCGGCCACAUGCUGCUGGCUGUCAAGUGGUCACGAAGGUCCUAUUCACCUCUGGGACGCUUUCACAGGCGACCUAAGAUGCUCCUACAGAGGCUACAACGCAGUAGACGAACUAGAAUCUGCCAUGUGCGUCACCUUUUCUGCCGACGGUCAAAACAUAUUUAGCGGCUACAAGAAAAACGUCAAGAUAUUCGACACUGGACGUCCCGGACGUGAAUAUACGGAAAUCCCCAUCACUCAUCAGGUGUCCACUAUCGUCGCUAGCAAAGCCCAACCUGGAGUAGUGGCCAUUGGAACUGUUAAAGGAGUUAUUGAAUUAGUCUCACAAACUGACGGUACUUUGAGGAAUUUGUGUAAGCUCAAAGGGCAUAAAGGCGGUAUUACUUCGAUGGCAUUUUCAUUGGACGGUUCCAGACUGUACAGCGGCGCUAGGAAGGACAAAGAUCUCAUCUGUUGGGAUUUACGUGUGCCGGGCAGGCCGAUGUUUGUUUUGCCCAGAGAGUGUAGCACCAAUCAAAAAAUCUCUAUUGACUUGUCAUCUGAUAAUAAAUGGUUGGUGUCUGGCGGUUCGGAUGGUAAGGUACAAAUUUGGGACGUUACCGAACAACAUUACCCUACAGUACACUUGCAGAUGCAAUUGCAUAAUGACAGCUGCAACGGGGUGAGUUUGCAUCCCUACAGACCGAUCUUGGCGACUUCGAGCGGACAACAUCACAACAGCAUCGAUCCUAUGCAUCAUACCAGAAGUACUCCGGUUUACGAGAACGCUUUGUGUAUGUGGUGGGUGGGACCUCAACAAGAAGACGACUUACUUGCUACUAUUAUUAAAGCUGCCACUAAUGGUACUGCUUGAUUUUUGUUUCUAUUUUUUUUUUAUAGGCUAUUGGUUACAUGUGUGUAUUAUGAUUUGAAAUAAAAUAAAAGUUUUUUUGUAUAAGUUUUUGUUUUAUUCCUUAUAUUCAUUGUUACCAUACAAGAUGCAGUUGUUUAGGCAGUGAUUGAAAGAAUAUUCAAAUAUAAAUCUAAAAUAUAUAAAGGUUGAACAUAGUUCUAAUACAAAACAAGAUUAAUAAUGCUGACCAGCAACUUCUUAUGUUGGCACUUGUAUUAGAGCCUGAACUGUCUGGAUGGAAGCUCUCGUCUUUAAAUGACCCAAUUCUCAUAGCGUAGCUUAUCACGUAAGCUACAUAGCUUUGUUCGUGGACGCUAUUGAAUAAAUGAGCCAUUGGAC